UAAAUACAAUAUUUCAGGAAACUUACACAAUAAGUCAACAAGUCUCCAACAUGUCUUUGAAAUUGGUUUGUUCUCACUCGUUCAGGAGCUCUUACAUCACCAAACUACAGCUUUAUUCCUCUAGAGUCCAGAGGUUCCUCCGUACAUUCUGGAUGUUCUACAGAAGAGUUUGUUCAUCAAUUCAGAGGCCAUUAUUUGUCUAUUUCUGAUUCAUGGAGUUAUACAAAGACAUGUGUGACAUUUCUUGAGUAGAAACCUUUGACUCCAGUUUGCCAACAAUAUGAAGCAAGAAUUCUGAACCUGUCUUCAUCCCAUCUUCACAUUUCCAUCGUGUAGAUGGAUGUGCUCACAUUCAUGGUCUUGGUGGCGCUCAUUCAGCUCAGAGUGAGUCUCUUAACAAUGCCUCCUCUUGUCCCCCCACCUCUCUGUGUGGGAGGAAACCUGAGAGCCCGUCCAUCCCGAAGAGGGAGAACUUUACGAGGUUCCUGGAGGUAUUUCUGGAGCCUGCUGGCCCAUUGGUUCUGAGGACUGUGCUACCAUAAAGAGGGCGGCGUUGCUGCUGAGUCAGCGCCUCACGCCGUAUAUACCAGUUUGAUGUGGGGGUCCAGGACGUGGCAGCAUCUCCCCCUCUUCUUCUCCUUCUUCCACUGCAUCCUGCCAGGCCGAGGAGCACCAGCAGCAUGUCUGAGGUGAAGAAAAUGACGUCGAGCCGCCGGCACCAGCUGAAGAGUCUGAUGCUGCAGAUCGCCGCCGGCUGGAUUGAGCAGGAGAAGAAGGACCUGGUGGCGGCGAAGGAGGCGUACAUGUCUGAGACGUGCCCCGCCCCCGACAUGAGUGGAGACAUGGCCGCCCUCAUGGAACUCUGCAAGAAGAUCCACCAGGACAUCGACAAGAUCGACGAGGCGAGGUACGACGCCGAGUCCAAGGUCCGCAAGAGCGACGGCGAGAUCAACGACUUGAAACUGAAGGUGGUGGAGCUGGCCGGGGUGAAGAAGCCGGCCCUGAAGAAGGUCCGCAUGUCGGCUGAUGCCAUGCUGCAGGCCCUGCUGGGGGGGAAGCACAAGGUGACCAUGGACCUGAGGUCCAACCUGAAGCAGGUCAAGAAGGAGGUCAAGGAGGAGUCGACGGAGGCCGGCGACUGGAGGAAGAACAUCGAGGACAAGGCCGACAGGAAGAAGAUGUUCGAGACCUCCUAAGACCCUCGGCCCCACCUUUCACCCCCCCCCCCGACUGAGUGUCUGUCUGCCCACAGGGACGACAGCUAAGACGCUUCCUUGUUGUUUUUAAAUAGUUUCUGUGAUACUGAGAGACUGAGCUGAGACAAUUAAA